AUGGCAGCGCCCAACAAGGUGGAGGAGGCCCUUGAAGACGAGGAUGUGGUGGAGGAACAAGAAGAUGAACCGAAAGAACAUGAAGAAGAAGAAGAGCUGGAGGAGGAGCCAGAGGAUGAGCCGGAAGAGGAGCUAGAAGAGGAGCUGGAAGAGGAGCUGGAGGAGGAGCCGGAGGAGGAGCCGGAGGAGGAGCCGGAGGAGGAGCCGGAGGGGGAGCCGGAGGAGGAGCCGGAGGAGGAGCCGGAGGAGGAGCCGGAGGAGGAGCCGGAGGAGGAGCCGGAGGAGGAGCCGGAGGAGGAGCCGGAGGAGGAGCCGGAAGAGGAGCCGGAGGAGGAUGAGGAGUAG